AUGGGCGCGCUGUCAUGGCUCCGGCCAAAGGGACGCAUCUCGUUUCACAAUGCAAAGGAUAAUGGUCUAAUCCUGACCAGAAAAGCAGGCAAGUCGGCCGGCAGGGAACAGGUUACACUCAUCGAUAUUUGCCGCGCCGCCACACCGACCCAUUGCGAUCUCAACCCGUUCCUCUUCAAUGGCCAUCUGCAGACGGCUUGGACCGCGGUGAAAUACGACCCGGUUCCCGUGUACUACAAGCGACGGAUGUUCGAGGCGGACAGCCCGAUGUAUAGUGGACAUUUUGCGAUGGACUUCAUGGUGAAGCCUUACGAAGUGCCAACCGAGGGCCCGGAGACGGACCCAGAGAGGAUACACACCCAGCCGUCGGGUCUCCCGGAGCGGACGAGCUUUUUCUCGUCGGAUGAAUUGUCUGCGCUCCCCUCGGAUGACACCCGGCCGAUGCUGGUCGCGCUUCACGGCUUGAGUGGCGGGUCACACGAGGUUUAUCUCCGUCAUGUAGUCGCGCCUCUGGUUGCCGACGGAACCUGGGAAGCGUGUGUGGUGAACUCUCGGGGCUGUGCGCAGACUAAAAUUUCCACCGGUGUCCUUUACAAUGCCCGCGCGACAUGGGAUGUUCGGCAAGCCGUGAAGUGGCUCCGGAAGACCUUCCCGAACCGACCCCUGUUCGGCAUCGGCUUCUCGCUUGGGGCCAACAUCUUGACCAAUUAUCUGGGCGAGGAAGGCGAUGCUUGUCAGUUGAAAGCGGCGGUCCUCUGCGCUAGCCCUUGGAAUCUAGACGUCAGCUCGUCGAAUCUGCAAAACACCGUGAUGGGCCUUCAUGUGUACAGCAAGGUCAUGGGAACGAGCAUGAAGGCGCUGUUUGAGCAACAUGUCGAAGAGAUUUCCAAGAAUCCUCGCAUCGAUGUCGAGGCCGUGAGGAGUAUCACUCAUUUGCAUGAGUUUGACCGGGCUUUGCAAUGCGCAGCGUGGGGCUACCCCACCGAGGGUGCGUACUAUCGUGACGCUUCAUCGAUCGACUCUCUGCAUGGCAUUAAGAUCCCUUUCUUCUGCAUUCAAGCGGAGGACGACCCGAUCGCCUCGUCUAAAGCCUUCCCCUACCACGAGGUAACUCAGACGCCGUACGGUGUCAUGAUGACCACGUCUUGGGGUGGGCAUCUUGGAUGGUUUGAACUGGGAGGAGGACGGUGGUUUGUCAAGCCGGUCAACAAUUUCCUGAACAAAAUGGCCGAGGUGGACUGGGAGACACCUCUCAAGAUCCAAGACCCCGAAAAGGUCCCCUGCCACAUUGCCAGCCACGAGGGUCCCAACAAGGACGCUGACGUCGCCCCCAAACCGGACUUUGCGCCAAUGCGGCGCAAGCUCAAUUUGCGUAUUGUACAGUCGGAUUAAAAAGAUGCAUUGCCUUAGAUCGAUAAACAUAGAGUUGGAUCUUUAUUUACAAGCCAGCGAUGAUGUGAAAUGACUGUCAUGAAAUGUCUUUCGUGUCAAGAUUUUUUGGGGAGAAAAGUAUAGACCUAAACAACGC